GGAUUGAGGAGUUGCCAUGGAGACGAGGGGCCUCUGCCUGGCCGAUUGAAACAGAGCAGAAGGGAUCACUAACCGCUCGCCUCCUGGAGGAGCUGGGAGCCUUUACAUCGACUCCACAGCUUUUAUUAUCGUGAGGAAAUGAUUAUUAUAAUAUCAUUAUUAGUGGUCAACUUUUUAAGUGGGACCUAAUCUAUUCUCACGAUGGCUGAUGGCUUCUGGACCAACGGACAGAAGACAUGGAGCCAUGGAGGUGAGAAGUUGAAGAUGGUUUUAUCCUCAUAAAUCGACAAGGCUUCCAGACCCCAUCCUCAGUGUCAGAGGAUGAGCUUCCACGACCGCAGAGCCUCCCAGCCCCCCACGGCCACGCCCGCCACGGAGCUCCUCACCAUGGAUACUGAGAGCCGCUACAGCCUGCCAGGACCCCUCCUGAACACCUCCGCCCCCUCCUUUCCUCUUCCCCAUCCCAACGCCUCUUGCAGCAUCGAUGAAUCCUACAAGUACAUAUUCCUCCCCAUCUGCUACAUCUUCACCUUCGUCUUCAGCAUCUCGCUCAACGCGGUAGUCCUCUACCGCUCCUUCAGGAGGAAGAAGCGCUGGAACGCGUCUCUGAUCUACAUGGUAAACCUGGCCUCCACCGACUUCAUGUACGGCCUGUCGCUGCCCUUCCUGGUGGCCAGCUACGUGAUGCGGGACCGCUGGGUGUUCGGGGACUUCAUGUGCCGCCUGGUGCGCUUCCUGUUCUACUUCAACCUCUACGGCUCCAUCUUCUUCCUCACCUGCAUCUCCGUGCACCGCUACCUUGGCAUAUGCCACCCCAUGAGGACCGUGAUGCUGGAGACCGAGAGGGCGGUGAAGUGGACCUGCGUCCUCAUCUGGGCUGUGGUGUUUGCUCUCACCUGCCCUAUAUUCCGAUUCGCCCAGAGCGGUUACGUCACGCGGCUGGGCGGAGUCGGGACUGGAGACCCCAGCGCGGUCACCCUGGAACCAUCGCUGAUGAACGGCAGCCAUGACGCCACCCAGGGAUACCAGAACUGUUGGGACGAUGCAAUCGACGAGGAGUUCCAUGACUACGUCCCCUACGCAAUCGUCCUCCACCUGCUGGGCUUCUUCCUGCCGUUCUCUAUCAUCGCCUGGUGCUACUCCCACGUGGUCGUCACCAUCUUCAGGAGCCUGGGCCCCCGCCCGCCGGCCCCGAGGGCGGGGGACGGGGAGGACGCCUGUCGAGGUGGAGGACUGGAACUAACCGGAUUCAUCCCUGGUGGCGACGCAGAGGACAGAACCGGGGGCAGCGACGCCAGGAAAGAUGUCUUCAAAAGAGAGCCGGGCUAUUCCCUCUCGUUGGGAGCCCACUCCCCAUAUGCCCGCCGCAGACGUAAGUCCAUCAGGACCAUCGUCACCAUCACCCUGCUGUUCGCUCUAUGUUUCUUCCCCUUCCACGUCACGCGGACGCUCUUCCUGCUGCUGAAGGUGACCCGAGGGGUGCCCUGCCACACCAUGACUGCGGUGUCCAUGUGCUACAAGAUCACGCGUCCGCUGGCCUCCUUCAACGCCUGGCUAAACGCCCUGCUCUACUUCCUCACCAAGGACAAGGCCGCCGCGCCCUGCUGCCAGGCCACUGUGCCCUGUUGCCAGGCGACCAGCGAAGGUGCCGGGCCGCAGGCGGGGUCGCUAUGGCAGCGCAGCGCGAUGGGCCGAGCCGGUGCUGCGCGGGACGAACCCAUCAGAGAGGAGAUGAGGCGCAAAGACGUGGAAAUGUCGCCGGUGUCUGUCCACAGAGCUCGGGACAAAGUGACGUACACCAACGGAUGAUUCACAGGGUUAGCAUUAGCCAUGCAAGCUAACCCUGGUAUAGUGACGUACAGCAAAGGCUGAUUCACAUGGUUAGCAUUAGCCAUGCAAGCUAACCCUGGUAUAGACGUACAGCAACGGCUGAUUCACAUGGUUAGCAUUAGCCAUGCAAGCUAACCCUGGUAUAGUGACGUACAGCAACGACUGAUUCACAUGGUUAGCAUUAGCCAUGAAAGCUAACCAUGGUAUAGUGACGUACACCAACGGAUGAUUCACAUGGUUAGCAUUAGCCAUGCAAGCAAACCAUGGUAUAGUGACGUCCACCAACGGAUGAGUCACAGGGUUAGCACUAGCCAUGUAAGCUAACCAUGGUAUGAUGACGUACAGCAACGGCUGAUUCACAUGGUUAGCAUUAGCCAUGCAAGCUAACCAUGGUAUAGUGACGUACGCCAACGGAUGAGUCACAGGGUUAGCAUUAGCCAUGUAAGCUAACCAUGGCAUCAGUUCUAUAUAAAUUCUAGUCUUAUCGCUAAUUUUAACUUCACUCUCUUAUCACUAACUUUAAGUACAACUAGUCUUUUCACAAACUUUAACUACACUGUCUUUUCACUAAUUUUAAUACACUUUAAAUUCACUGUCUAAUCACUAACUUUAAUACUAAAUACAAGAUGAACCAUAAAAUAUGCCUUAUUAAUAACGCUAUGAGGUUAACAAUAGGUUGGUAUUCUGUGAGAAAGACAGCAGUAUGGUUCCGGAACUGAAAUUCUCAUUCAUUUUCUCCAUAUAAGUUUUCUUUCAAAAGCCAUAAUGUCGUAGACAUCAAAAGUAUACCAUGAGCCGUUAUAUUGUGAAACAAUGGUAUAUUCUCCUGUAGAAGCCACAAGUUAAAGAAAAGUUUGUAGAUUGUGAGUGUUGCAGUGCUUUUAAAUGCCAUCAUGAAUAAAAAAAGUCAAGCCAGC